GUAUAAAUAACCUUAUGACAAUUUCUGUUUCGGUAGUGAAGGCAGACGUCCCUACAGCAUGCGCUUCUUCAUACUACUAGCAUUUUUAGUGGGGUGGGCUAUCCCCCAAGACGAAACUCCCGUCGAUUAUUCGGGGCAUAAAGUGAUAACCGUCACCCCAAACGACGAAGAAGAAUUGGAAUUUCUUAGAAGUUUAGGAAUGCGAUUUUUGCUGGAUUUCUGGACAGAUCCUAGAACAAUUAAAGUGCCAAUCAUGAUUAGAAUUUCACCGGAAUACAUAGACGAUGUGGAGGAAGCAUUAAAAGAAGCAGGGAUGACCUUUAAAGUGUCAAUUUUGGAUUUGCAAAGAGCUAUUGAAGCAGAGAGAGUAGCAAAUGCACCUACUCCAGAAAUCGACAAGAGGGCAUCCGCUGAGCAUUUCCAGAGAUAUCUUCAGAUAGAAGAAAUAAACCAAUUUCUCCAAUCUGUAGCUAGUAGUUAUCCAUCGAUAAGUUCCGUCAUCACUAUUGGUGCCACCUUUGAAAAUAGAAAAAUUAUGGGUGUUAAGAUCGGGUCUGAUAAUUCCGGAACCAAACCAGCAAUACUGAUAGAAUGUGGUAUACAUGCAAGAGAAUGGGUUUCAGUUUCAAGUUGCCUUUACAACAUUCACGAGUUGACCAGUAAAUAUGCCACAGACAGCACAAUCAAAAGCCUUGUGGAUGAUCAUAUAUGGUACAUCAUUCCCUCAAGUAAUCCUGAUGGCUACGUUUACACUUGGACUAUGGAUCGUAUGUGGAGGAAAACCAGAUCAAGGAGCAUUAAAUUUGUACCGCCAUGGUGCAGAGGAGCCGAUGCAAACCGAAAUUUUGACAUUUCCCAUUGUGGUCCUGGCACAAGUACCAAUCCUUGUGAAGACAUAUACUGUGGGGACAGCCCAUUUUCUGAAAAUGAGAGCCGUGCCUUAAGAGAUCUUAUAAAUCAAAUAGGAGGAAGUCGCAUUAAAGUAUACUUUGCAGUCCACAGUUAUUCGCAGUUAUGGAUGUAUCCUUAUGGGCAUAAGAGAGUUUUGCCACCAAAUCACGAAGAAUUGGAUCGACUAUGCAAAAUUGGAACCGAUGCCUUACGUAAAGUCCAUGGAACAAAUUUUAAGUGUGGAAGCAUUUCAAAUAUCAUCUAUCCAGCAGCAGGAAGUUCUUUAGAUUGGGCAUACGAAAAAGCGGGAGUCAAAAUAGGAUUUGCAUUGGAAUUAAGAGACGAAGGACGACAUGGAUUCAUGCUACCCAAAGAUCAAAUCAUACCAACUUGUGAGGAGACAUUCAAGGGGAUAGAAGCUACAGUUUUGGCCAUUCAAUAAAUAAAUAACAUAUUUUAUCAUCAAA